UUUGGUGAAGGAAGUGCAGUAGAGAAAUCCUUAGCUGUGAGUCAAGGUGGAGAGCUCUAUGAAGAGUGGCUGGAACUUGGAAAUGGUUGCCUCUGCUGCUCAGUGAAGGACAGUGGCCUUCGGGCUAUUGAGAAUUUGAUGCAGAAGAAGGGGAAAUUUGAUUACAUACUGUUAGAGACCACUGGGUUGGCAGAUCCUGGUGCUGUGGCUUCUAUAUUUUGGGUUGAUGCUGAGCUAGGGAGUGAUAUUUAUCUUGAUGGUAUCAUAACUGUUGUAGAUUCAAAGUAUGGAUUAAAACACAUGCUAGAAGAAAAGGGAGAUGGCUGCUUCAACAAAGCAGUCAGGCAAGUUGCUUUGGCAGAUAUCAUCCUCAUCAAUAAAACAGACUUGAUUUCAGAAGAUGAGUUAAAAAAAUUAAGAACAACUAUUAGAUCAAUAAAUGGACUGGGAAAAAUUUUAGAAACACAAAGAUCCAGAGUUGAUCUUGCCAACAUACUAGAUCUUCAUGCCUUUGAUAGUCUCUCUGGAAUCAGGUAUGGCUUUCAGUAUUUUGGCAAAACGAACUUAGACUGGGCUGUGCUGCGGGGUAACAUAAGUAGCAUUGGACUUUGGAAUCAAGAGAGCAAGCAGGAUGAAGAUACAGGAUUAGGGGAUGAUGGCCUUCACUGUGGUUAUAUGAGGAUGAGAAAUGAGAUUAUUAUCUGUGUUGACUUACAGAGUAUUGUUACAAUCACAUUUGAAGUGCCAGGAAAUGUAAAGGAAGAAAGUCUAAAUGUAUUUAUUCAGGAUCUCCUGUGGGAGAAGAACGUGAGAAACAAGGACGAUCACUGCAUGGAGGUCAUACGGCUGAAGGGGCUGGUAUCAAUCACAGACAAACAACAACAAGUGAUUGUCCAAGGUGUCCAUGAACUCUAUGACCUGGAAGAGACUCCAGUGAGCUGGAAAGAUGACACAGAGAGAACAAAUCGAUUGGUUCUUAUUGGCAGGAAUUUAGAUAAGGACAUCCUUAAACGGCUGUUUGUGGCUACUGUAACAGAAACAGAAAAGCAGUGGACAGCACAUUCCAAAGAAGAUCAAAUUUGUCUAUAGCACCAGAAGCAUUUAUCAAAAGGAUUGGAUAAUAGAAAUUAGUUCCCUACUGGCAAUAUUUCAACCAUUAUUCUUUGAUGACUUCUUUUAUGAAUUCCAGUGUACUUAAAAAUAAUAUUUAUUUUAUACAGUACAUAGUGUGAAUCAGUAUAUAAGACAUUGACAUUCAUAAAAUAAAAUAUAACAUCAACUGAAGUUUUUAUUUUAUUUUUUCGGAGACAAGUGGUUCACAGAACUUUCAGAAUUUGUAUUGUAAGUUUACAUAUGAGCCUAUUAUAAUAAUGAUGCUAAACCUCAACAUUUUCCUUUAGAACUUCAACUGAUUCCAAA